GGGAUAACUCUACAAAGAAAUAUAAAAUUAUCCAUAUUUGAUUGUUUUUAGUUAUAAAAAUCACGAGUGCGUUUAUAGUUUUCUGACGGUCAAUUCUGAUAAAAGUCAAAAAUACCCCGAAAAACACCAAAAUUUCAUGUAAAAAGUGACUUAACUUAUUUUUGUAACUUUAUUAUCUAGGUUUAAAAUAGAAAUUUAAAUAUUACUACAGAGAAAUAGGUUUUAAGACAAAAUUUUGACCUGCGUUUAUAGUUUUCUGACAGAGUGUAUUGAUAGCUGCGUUAAAAUCAUACUUUGUAUUUAUUGGGCAUAACGCCAAACAGUCAAAUUAGAACUACUUUUUCUCUUUUCCUAUUAUUUUUCUCUUAUACUAUGUUCUUUUAUUUAAAAUUUCCAACUUCUAUAAUUAAAUAUUUAAAAAAGUUGCUAUAUAAUUUUAUGGAUUCUAUACAAGCGACCCCAACCUCUACAAAUAAGCCUUUUUUAAAAAAAAGAAGUCCGUGGAAUUUUUUCAAAAUUGAUGAAAAUGAUGAUAAAAGAGCAAUAUGCAAUGAGUGUGGAAGCAGUUUUUCAAUUAAAUUUCCAUCUAGAGACCGGGAGGAUAAUUCACAACUUAAAAAACAUAUGAGGGAUCGGCAUCCAGAAAUUAACAUAGGAGUGUAUGAAUCUAAAGAUAAAACGACAUGUCAUUUUUGCUCCGCCUCUAUACUUUCAAAAUGCCCGUCUCGCCAUUUCAAUAAACAACAAUGCAAAAAUAAUUUUUAUGCUAAUAAUGGAUGGAGUAUUAUUUUUAAUGAAACCGAUGUUACCAGUUUUAAAGAAGAGCAAUUUUUUACACAAUUGUCAAUCACAAAUGGUCGUUAUAUGGUAUUUUUUAAACUCUUUCAUUUUUAUUUGUUUUUUAGGUCUACGUAG